CUGUACUUAACUAAUAAGUCCACAGCUCUGUGGGUUUGUCAUGACAGGCGUUUGUAACUGGAGAGGGAAAAAACAUUGCAAAAAUAAGUCGACACAAGCGAGACCUCUUCAGCAGACGAAUAUGUAAAUUAUUAAAUUUAAAAUGGAUGUUGUGGUUUAUCUGUCUGGCACUGGUAGAAAGUAUUAAUCUGUAGGCUGAGAGUGUGAAAUUGUGGCUCAUUAAAUGCUCACUGUAACGAAGGGACUACAGUCAAAGAGGAGAUCAUACAUUCUGUUUCUGGCUGUACUGAUUUGAGCUUUAUUAUAAUUUUUUUUUUUUUUUUUUUUAAUACAGAAGAAAGAAUAUAAAACAAUUAAAAAACUAAAACAUGGAGCGACUUUGUCGCGAAUCCCGUUUAUCGUUGUCUCUGGUUUUGUUGUUUAUUUCUCGCUGUGCUUCUUUCAAUUUGGAUACGAAUAGUCCUUCUGUUUUUUUGGGACCCGAUGGAAGUUAUUUUGGCUUCUCGGUGGAUUUCUUCAAACCUGACGAGAAACAGUUAAACGUUUUAAUUGGUGCUCCUAAGGCCAAUACCACACUUUCAAAAGUUGUGGAGAGGGGAGCAGUGUACAGUUGUCCGUGGCAAUCAAGCAGUACCUGUCAGCAAGUGCAGUUUGACAGUACAGAUGACCGAUACAAUCUAAACGGUGAGCAGAUGGAGUUCAAGUCUAACCAGUGGUUUGGAGCCACCGUGAGAUCUAAGGGUGAUCAGAUUUUGGCCUGUGCUCCUCUCUACCAAUGGAGAACAUUCGGGACAGCAGAAAGAGAACCCGUGGGGACCUGUUACCUAAAAAGGGGGAACACCAUUGUUGAGUAUUCACCUUGCAGAACAGAUAAAAACAAUCCAGAAGGACAAGGUUUUUGUCAAGCAGGAUUUAGCAUUGACUUUGUAAAGGACAAUCGCGUUGUUGUUGGAGGGCCUGGUAGUUUUUACUGGCAAGGUCAACUGAUUUCUGAUCUGAUUCCUCAGAUUGUGAAUAAAUAUAAUAAGGAUUCCUAUUACACAACGUAUGAUAGUCAACUGACUACCAAGCCAGCAAGUGCUGCGUUUGAUGACAGCUACUUAGGCUAUUCAAUAGCUGUUGCAGACUUUAAUGGUGAUGGAAUAGAUGAUUUUGUGACUGGUGUUCCCAGAGGAGCUCGAGCUCUUGGUUAUGUGACGAUUUUCAGUGGCACAACUAUGGAGUCUCUCGUUAAUUUCACCGGAGAGCAGAUGGCAGCUUACUAUGGGCAUUCUGUUGCUGCCGUUGACAUUAAUAAUGAUGGUCUUGCAGAUCUCUUUAGUGGAUCCCCUCUCUUCAUGGACCGUGGGUCUGAUGGGAAGCUCCGAGAGGUUGGUCAGGUGUACAUCUAUCUGAGAGACAGCCCAGUCUCCUUCACAAAGAAAACACAGAAGCUGACAGGGACUGAGAUCUACGCUAGAUUUGGCAGCUGUGUUGCACCCCUCGGGGACCUCGAUCUUGAUGGCUUUAAUGAUAUUGCAAUUGCUGCUCCUUAUGGAGGGACAGACAACAAAGGACUUGUCUAUAUCUACAAUGGACGCGCUUCAGGACUGAACCCAACACAAUCCCAGGUCCUGGAAGGGAGAUGGGCUUCCACCAGCAUGCCACCCAGCUUUGGAUACUCCAUGCACGGAGCCACAGAUAUAGAUCUGAAUGGAUACCCAGAUCUGAUCGUCGGUGUUUUUGGAGCUGAUAAAGCUGUCCUGUACAGAGCUAGGCCAGUUAUCAGUGUUAAUGCCACCUUGGAUGUCACCCCUCCAAUCCUCAACCCGGAUGAUAAACGAUGCACUUUGCCUGGUUCAUCCGUUACAGUAUCUUGUUUUAAAGUAAAAUUCUGCUUAAAGGCAAAUGGGAAAGGAGCUCCGAACACCCUAAAUUUUCAGGUGGAGUUACUUUUGGACAAACUCAAACAGAAAGGCGCUAUAAAGAGGGUACUGUUCCUACACAACAGGAUGUCCUCCCAUACAAAAAACAUGUCUGUAACGAAUGGCAAGGGACCUGCCUGUGAAGAACUGGAUGCUUAUUUACAAGAUGAGACAGAGUUCAGAGACAAAAUUACGCCAAUCACUAUCUUCAUGGAAUACAGACUGGAUUAUAAAACCGCUGCAGAUAAAACCGGACUCUUGCCAAUUUUGGACCAGUUUACUCCAGCUAAUAUUACCAAGCAGGCGCACAUUUUACUGGACUGUGGUGAGGAUAAUAUAUGUAAACCAGAGCUGAAGCUGUCAGUAAAAAGUGACCAAUCACAGAUAUACAUUGGCGAUGACAACCCCCUGACACUUGAGGUAACGGCAGAGAACAGAGGAGAGGGAGCCUAUGAAGCUGAGCUCUAUGUGUAUAUGCCACCCCAAGCUGACUUUAUUGGUGUGGUUCGAAACAGUGAGAAGUUAGCAAGAUUGUCUUGUGCAUAUAAGACUGAGAAUCAGACUCGUCUGGUUGUCUGUGACCUUGGAAAUCCAAUGAAAGCAGGAACAAAUCUUGUGUCUGGUCUGCGAUUCAGUGUUCAUCAGCUGUCUGAACAGGAUACUUCAGUGAAGUUUGAUUUAAAGAUCCAGAGUUCCAACUUAUUUGAUAACACCAGUCCCGUGGUGUCCAGUGUGACUACUCUUGCUGUGCUAGCCAAAGUUGAAAUAAGAGGAGUUUCCACCCCUGAUCAGCUCUUUCUUCCUAUUGCUAACUGGCAGCCCAAAGAAAACCCAAUGAUAGAGGAUGAUAUCGGACCUCUUGUCCAGCACAUCUAUGAGCUUCGAAACAAUGGCCCAAGUACCUUCAGUAAGGCAAUACUAGAUCUGGAGUGGCCUUACAAAUACAAAAAUGAGUCCCUGCUUUAUGUUAUUCAAUAUGAGAUCGAAGGACCUAUGAUAUGUACCACAGAUAUGGAAAUCAACCCUCUGAAUAUAACAAUGCCUAAAGUUCCAGAAAAGAAUGACACUACAAGGGAAGAUUCCCGGGAUGAUGGCAGAAACCGCAACCGCCGAGACCUUGGACCUGUCGACGGGGAACUGGAAACUUUGGGCUGUGGCAAAGCAGAGUGUCUGAAAAUCAAGUGCCAGGUUGGCCGCUUGGAGAGAGGAAAGAGUGCCAUCCUGUACAUCAGGUCAAGACUGUGGGCUGCCACUUUUAUGAAGAGUGAAAACCAAAACCAUUCGUACACUCUGAAGUCUUCAGCCACCUUCAAUGUGAUAGAAAUGCCUUAUAAGAACCUUACAUAUGAUUAUCCCUCUAAUAACACAGUGGUUAACACCUCUAUUAUCUGGGUUCUGCCAGAUUCAGCACAGCCAGUCCCAGGCUGGGUCAUUGCACUAGCAGUUCUUGCAGGGCUCCUGCUUUUGGGCUUGUUGAUCUUUGUGAUGUACAAGGUUGGCUUCUUCAAACGUGUGCGCCCCCCACAGGAAGACAGCAUAGAAAAAGAACAACUGCAGCCUCAGGAGAAAGGAGAUGGAGGUGCAGAGGCUUAAUAGCGCUCCAGUAACUUAUUGAGAUUUGUUACAAAUGCCAAACCCUGUCUUUAAGCCUUCCUCACUCCAAGGCAAUGACCACUUCCAUUACUGCACCAUUAGUAAUGUGUGCAAGAGCAAUAUACAAGUGCUUUAGGAGAGAGAUGUUAUCAUAGUAUGCUGUGCGGAGGCAGUCACACUCCAAUAGUCUUCCAUAACUAGUCAUUUUUUUUAUUUUGUGAAAUUGCCAUGUUUGAUUGGAUCUAAAUUUAGAUGUACAAACACUCCAUGCUCAACACAGUGAGAAAAAAAAAAUGAUUUUUUUUUUUUUAUACAACAAAAUGAACGUGUUUUUUUUUUUAUAAUCGGAACAAAAUCAUCACCAACAGAAAAGCUGCAUACUUAUAAAUUGACGGUAUUGGUAAAAUUUGAAUAGCCAUAGAUUUGGCUGUAUCAUAUAUACUCUGUAUGAUAGUGUCUCUGGGAUCGAGGCCUCUGAGCAUGCUCGUAAUACGGAUUACGUUUCUACUUAUUUGUGCUAACGUAGUAUUAUGCAACUCAAUGCACUGAUUUUUAUUUUGAAAAAUGUGUUCCUGUUUAGCAGGAAGACCAUGUUAUAUGCAUAAAAAUACCAGUUACAUAACCUACUUUUUACAAAUGAAAUAACUACUGCAAAUUCUUUAUAUCUUCACUUGCAUGGGUGUAAAAGUAGAAGAGGAACACUUUUUUUGUAGAAUGAAAUGUCAGAUUUACUGAUGCUUUGCAACAAAAUAGCAAUACAAUAAAACUUACCAUUUCCAGGGGUAGAUUUCGCCUUUGUGAUUAACUUGUUAAUUCUUGCUGAAUAACCUAUUGCAAUAUUGCACAAGGCUUAAUAGUACUGUAGGUUUUUAAAAAAAAAAAAACAUUUUCAAUUGUUUUAGUAGUGUGUAUAUAU